AUGUUAAAAAUUAUUAUUAGAAUUUUGUUUUUAUUUCCGUUGUGUUUAAUAUAUAAUACUUAUUGAAUGGUGCAAAGUUUAUUAUUUUUAUUAAGUUUUGUUUUUAUUUUAAUAAAUAUGUAUAGAAAUUAUUUUAUAUCAAUUUCUUAUUUAUUUGGAUGUGAUAUAAUUUCUUAUGGAUUAAUUUUAUUAAGAUUAUGAAUUGUAUCUUUAAUAUUAAUGGCUAGUGAAUCUAUUUAUAAGUAUAGAAAUUAUACUAAUUUAUUUUUAUUAAAUAUUAUUUUAUUAUUAAUUUUAUUAGUAUUAACUUUUAGUAGAAUGAGAUUAUUUAUAUUUUAUUUAUUUUUUGAAAGUAGAUUAAUUCCUACUUUGUUUUUAAUUUUAGGGUGAGGUUAUCAACCUGAACGUUUGCAAGCGGGGGUAUAUUUAUUAUUUUAUACUUUAUUAGUUUCUUUACCAAUAUUAGUUGGUAUUUUUUAUUUAUAUAAGGCUACUGGAACUUUAAAUUUUUAUUUAUUAAAUAAUUAUAUAUUUAAUUAUGAAAUUCUUUAUUUUUCUUUAGUUAUGGCUUUUUUAGUAAAAAUACCUAUAUUUUUAGUUCAUUUAUGAUUACCUAAGGCUCAUGUAGAAGCUCCUGUUUCUGGUUCAAUAAUUUUAGCUGGAAUUAUAUUAAAGUUAGGGGGUUAUGGAUUAUUACGGGUAUUUCCUUUUUUACAAUUAAUAGGAUUAAAAUUUAAUUUUAUUUGAAUUAGAAUUAGAUUAGUAGGGGGAGUAUUAGUUAGAUUAAUUUGUUUACGUCAAACAGAUUUAAAGGCUUUAAUUGCUUAUUCUUCAGUUGCUCAUAUAGGAAUUGUAUUAGCUGGAUUAAUAACUUUAACUUAUAUAGGAAUUUGUGGUUCUUAUACUUUAAUAAUUGCUCAUGGUUUAUGUUCUUCAGGAUUAUUUUGUUUGGCUAAUAUUUCUUAUGAACGAACAGGAAGACGAAGAUUAUUAAUUAAUAAGGGGAUAUUAAAUUUUAUACCUUCUAUAGCAUUAUGAUGAUUUUUAUUAAGAUCUGCUAAUAUAGCUGCUCCACCUACUUUAAAUUUAUUAGGAGAAAUUUCUUUAAUUAAUAGAAUUGUUAGUUGAUCAUGAGUUUCUAUAUUUAUAUUAUCAUUAUUGUCUUUUUUUAGAGCUGCUUAUACUUUAUAUUUAUAUGCUUAUAGUCAACACGGUAAAAUUUUUUCUGGAAUUUAUUCUUUUAGAGGAGGUUCUGUUCGAGAAUUUUUACUUUUAUUUUUACAUUGAUUUCCUUUAAAUUUGUUAAUUUUAAAGGGUGAUAUAUGUAUAUUAUGAUUAU